GCUUUGGUGCGCCCUUCUCUAGAGGCGUCGCAUCGGACACCGAGAGAUACUUGGUCCAGUGCAGUGAAGGCUUUAGGAGCAGCCUUCCAGGUAUUAAUUCUGCUGUAGGCGCGAGUGUAUCGUCCAUGUCCGACUACGGCAAAAGUCAACACUAUGUGUAUGACGCCGAGGCCACAAGACCGAAUCAGGUUUCGAGCUAUCCUGGUAAUGCACAGCCAUCAUUCGCCUCUCCAUACACAGAUACAUCCACGCGUCCAAUUCAUGAGCACUCGAGCGCAGAGAUGCCUUACAUCCCUAGUUCAACAUACGAGUCACGCGGCCCAGGUGAUCUUCUGCCUGCUACCUCUUUUAUCGAUGCGAGGUCUCGUCAUCCCGCUUCUCACACGUCUAAUGAAACGGAAAUAACGGGCUUCGUUACGCCUGCGCAAGGCACUGCUGGAUCUACCGUCAGUCUACACCUCCGAACGAAUUACGAUCUCGCUGCAGAGCAGUAUACCUUCAUCUUCAUGUUUGGCAAGAAAGCAUGCGUCGCAGACCUGCAAAAGGUGGAUUAUGACGAUGACUGGUACAACUAUGUCCUAAACGUUGAAGUCCCUCCCUUCCCACUGACCAACGACUGGAAUCCAACCAUGAUGCUGAAACUGCAGAUGGAAAAGGAUGGCCACCUUCGCCAUCAAGCAGACGCUGGCAAGUUCACGUAUACAGAUAUGUCCCCCAAUCUAGCAUAUCAGUCUACUUCCGACUUUUCGAAGAAACGCAAGUUUUCUUUGGAUUACGCGGACGAGGAAGACUUCGACUCGAUGGCUGCAAAACGUCAGAACACGCAUCGUUUUCAAGCGAAGUCUCGCUCCAUGUCUGCUGUCUACUCGGCAACACAGCUAUCGCCCUUACCAGCGCACUCCUCACUAUCUGGGGGAUAUGGCCAGACGGGAGCAUACGACAUGAGUCGAAGCGGUACUUACUCCUCUCAGCUGUCUCAUAAAGGCUUGUAUGCGGUACCAAGCUUGGGACAGAGUGAAUUGAAACCUCCGCAGAUGUCGCCUAGUCUGCAUUCAUACAGUCACUAUAGCUCCCUUGCGCAGCCCAAUCGCAGCCCAGGUUCCAUGGCUGCAACACCGGCAGGCCUAUCGGUACUUCCGUCUCCAUCCAGUCUUCCAGCCCCCACUCUGGUCCGAGCGACAAUCGCGCAGAGCGGAAGCGCUUCGAAUGGACAGCCGUUCAAUCCAUACUCUAUGUACCAGACAAAGGCUGUCUUGAAGAUCGAAGGCGACCUGGACAAGAUGAAGGAAGACUGGUCGCAAGAAGAGAUUGACGCGAAACGCCGGCUUGUACAAUUCGAGCGAUCACAGCAAGGCAGCACUAUAUCGACCACGUUUGCGCCAGUCACACCUGAAGCUCGACCAGCAAGGAGCAUUUGUGUGAGUUGCAUCUGGUGGGAAGAGAAGGACGAGUACUACAUCACGAGUGUAGACACAAUCUUUCUCCUGGAACAGCUGGUCAAUGUGCGCUUCACUGUUGAGGAGAAAAACCGUAUCCGUCGCAAUCUUGAAGGGUUCCGGCCGCUCACGGUGUCUAAAGCCAAGGCGGACAGCGAGGAGUUUUUCAAAGUCAUCAUGGGGUUUCCUACGCCGAAGCCGCGCAACAUCGAAAAGGACGUGAAGGUUUUCGCCUGGAAGAUACUCGCUCAUGCCUUGAAGAAGAUCAUCAGCAAAUAUUCUGCAAGCUACGCCUCAACGGCUGGCGCUGGAUCGCUUCCUGUUGCUUCAACGUCAUACGGUUCGAGUGGGCUUGCAUACGCAUCUAGCAGCAUGCAUCGAAAUACCUCACCGCGAUCGGUCUCUGCCUCGAUGGCCUCAGGUGCCUACACACCCAGCAUGACAUCUACGAGCUUAUCGCCCAAUUUCAAAAUGUCAGCAGGCUUUGACGGAUCAUCAGGACAUGGCAUGCCGACCCCGCAGAGGACACCUUCAGUACAAAGUAUGACUCAGUGGGGACCUGGGGCUCAUCAGCUGUCGCACUACCCAACAACCCUGGCGCAACCAGGACGUGCAUCCUGGGAGUAUGGUUAUCUUAGCAAUCCCGUGGCAGCUGGUGUGCCAUCGGUAUCACAAGCACUACGACCAGACGGCGCACCCGACAUCAGUCAGAUGUCGGCAGAGGACGCCUACCAGCAAUACGGACACCGCACAACAAGGGUGUAAGAUGACUAGGGCGGAGAACCUGGUACACUGCAACUUAUGUUAUCAUCACAGCGGUGAGAGGUGGGUGGGUAUGCGCAUCGGCUGAUCCACUCAUCGAUCAUGCGGACCGUCUGGCCCUAACCGCAUUGGGGUAUCUACACACCACUACUUCACAUCAAGUCGUCAACACUGCCUUGUACGACGCGCAUUCAACCCAAG